CAGCAUGUGUUUAGUAAUUACACAGUCGUGCUUGCUGUAUACGCUAGCUAACUGCACAGCUGCGGUGUUUCCCCACUAAGCGCUAGCUAGGCUACUGGACCUCGGCUAACUGGCUGUCUAGAAACGCUGUUUGUGUUGUAACUGCGUUUUCAGUUACAAUGUCAGCGACAUGGUUUCCAUCAGUAAAAAUACACAAAGCUCUAGCUUUCGUGCAGUGUCUACUGAAAAUGUUUUCGAAAGGGCUAAAGGAUGCUGUAGAGCUCUGUGUGCACACGGACACUGACACAAACCCCUGCAGCAAGAUAUUUUGGCGUCCCCCGCCGCCUCACUCGUGAGAAGGUGCUGGGACGAUGUUCUACGCCCACUUUGUCCUCAGCAAACGUGGGCCGCUGGCCAAAAUCUGGCUGGCGGCCCACUGGGACAAGAAGCUGACCAAGGCACAUGUGUUUGAGUGCAACCUGGAGAGCAGUGUGGAGAGCAUCAUCUCGCCAAAGGUGAAAAUGGCUCUGCGCACAUCUGGUCACUUACUUCUGGGUGUUGUGCGGAUCUACCACAGAAAAGCCAAGUACCUGCUUGCUGACUGCAAUGAAGCAUUUAUUAAGAUCAAAAUGGCCUUUCGUCCAGGUGUGGUGGAUCUGCCUGAGGAGAACCGUGAAGCUGCCUAUAAUGCCAUCACCUUACCUGAGGAGUUCCAUGACUUUGACCAGCCGCUUCCAGACCUGGAUGACAUAGAUGUUGCCCAGCAGUUUACCCUGAAUCAGUCUCGUGUGGAGGAAAUCACCAUGCGAGAGGAGGUGGGCAACCUGAAUUUACUGCAAGAAAAUGACUUUGCUGAUUUUGGGAUGGACGAUCGAGAGAUGAUGCGGGAGGAGAGUGCGUUUGAGGUGGACAUCAUCCACGGAGCUUCUGCCUCCAACCUGCUGCUGGAACCAGAGUCUACCAGUGGUCAGAUGACAGAUAAAUCCAACCACCUGGAGUACGACCAAUACAAAGACGACUUUGGAGACAACCCAAUGGAGAGCAGCGAGGGAGGCAUGCUAGUGGACAAGCUCCUCAGUAAUGAGGACGGGGGUGGCAUUUUUGAUGACCCACCUGCUAUUACUGAAAGUGUCAUGAUGCCACAGGAUCAUGGUGGAGAUGACGAUGAUGAUUUUGACAACCUGUCCCCAGCAGGAGGUCCAGACAGUCCAGACUCUGGGCCUGUGGAGCAGCUUCCCACCAUGACAGACCAGACGGAGCAGACCACACUGGUGCACAAUGAGGAGGAGGCCUUCGCUCUUGAGCCUAUCGACAUCACAGUGAAGGAGACCAAAGCUAAGAGGAAGAGGAAGUUGAUUGUGGACAGUGUAAAGGAACUGGACAGUAAGACCAUCCGGGCUCAGCUGAGCGACUACUCAGACAUCGUCACCACUCUGGACCUGGCUCCCCCGACUAAGAAGCUGAUGAUGUGGAAGGAGACAGGAGGGGUGGAGAAGCUGUUCUCCCUGCCUGCUCAGCCACUGUGGAAUAGCAGGCUCCUUAAGAUGUUCACACGGUGCCUGACUCCUCUCGUGCCAGAGGAGCUGAGGAAGAGGAGGAAGGGUGGAGAGGCUGACAGCCUAGAUGAAUUUCUCAAAGAUCUGGAGAACCCAGAGGUACCUAGAGAGGAGGCUCUGUCUCAGAGAAACAUAAUUGACCAGACCAUCCUGGAGGAGCCCAGUGUGUUGCAGGCCUCUGCCGUGGAGGGCAGUCGCACCACUCUGGACGAGUCAGUCAUGCCUCCUCCCUCCAGCCACCGCGGCCAGAAGCGCAAGGUCCAGGACACAGAGCCUGCUCUGCCUAUGCUGGAGGAUGACCGCUCUUCUAUCGUGUCCACACGGCUCAACGUGCAGCAAGUAGAGCUCCCUCCAGAAGAGCCAGCUAACAUUUCCCAGCUCAUCCCAGAGCUAGACCUACUUGGGGAGAAGAACAAGGAGAAAAAGGAUGAUGAUGAAGAAGAAGAGGAGGAAGAGGGUCAAGGUGGAGACCUGGAUCAGGAGGAGAGGAGAUGGAACAAGAGGACACAGCAGAUGCUACAUGGCCUACAGAGGGUGCUUGCCAAGACAGGAGCAGAGUCAAUCAGCCUGCUAGACCUUUGCAAGAACAACAACAGGAAGCAGGCAGCAGCCAAGUUCUACAGCUUCCUAGUGCUGAAAAAGCAGCAGGCAGUGGAGCUGACACAGGCAGAGCCUUACAGCGACAUCAUCGCCACUCCUGGUCCCAGAUUUCACAUCAUAUAAACUAUCACACCAUACAGUCAAGCUACAUUACAUUACACUGGCAGGUUUUGUUCUUUUUUUUUUUUUUUUUUUUUUUUUUUUUUUUGUAAAUGAUACGUUACAUUUAUCUGUCUGUGUUUUAUGUAACGUAUAUGUGACAUCUGUGUCUCAAGUAGAAGAUGAGUUUUUAUGGAUCUUCUGAUGAAGUUUUGUUUUUUUGUUUACUAUAGAAUCAUGUUGCAGUCACACUGCAUAUCUACAGAGCAAAAGUAGUUUGUGGAUUUUAGCACUCAUAUGAAAGCUGAUAUUCAUUUUUAAAAGAGGUUUCAGUCACUUUCCUUAACGAAUAAUGUUUUGUCAGCUAAUUUCUAAUUUACAGUUGUGAAUGGAUUAGGUCCACUCGUUUUGCAUGCUUCUUAUGGAAUAUGUCACCUGACAUAUAAAUGUCGGUUUUUAUUGUACCACUAAUGUCACCUUUGUAUAAGCUAACAAGUGCUCUAACACCAAAAUAAUAACAUUAAUUGACUAUGUACUGAAAAAUUUGUGUUUCUAGUGUGGAAACAAUACAAAUGUCAAUGCCCAUGUUUUUAUAUGGGUUUUUAAAGAGAGGAAGUU